GAUAGAUAUGUCAGAACUCGAUUUUAUUGUGAAUUUGUAAAAAAACAGUGAGCAGAAAAGAUUUCUAAUUAUUUUAAAAUAGAACUCCAAAAUGAGCCAGAAAGCAAUUCCGCCGCUACGUGAUAUUUCCCCAAUCCUCCAAGCAGUUAGAAAUUUUCUGUUAGGAAGGAAACACACGAACGCGUUGAGAUUCGAGCCCUUGUUGGCUGAUAGGACUCAGCCUCCUCCCCAGAUCCCUGAUGGAGUAUCACACAAACAUGCUCAUAAUUACUACUACACAAGAGAUGCAAGAAGGGAAGUAGCACCACCUGUGGAUGUAUCUAAAAAGUUACUGGAGGCCAGCUCCGACAAAGGAGCUCCGAAGACAACUGCAACAGUCGUUCCUACUCCUGGCAGGGUGUAUCAAUGGGACAACCAUUAUUGAAUAGAUGAUUUUAAUCAAUUGUUAUUUAAGUUCAAUAAAUAGAUCAUUGUUAAUUAGUAGUACUUCAAUUUAUUCUUAAACAGUGGAGGUUUAGUUUUGUAGAUUAUUUCAUUAAAAGAAUAAAAAUAAUAAUAUUUA